CAGGUUAUUAGUUCGCAUUGGAUGACGUGGCUGCACCUUUGUAUGCCACAUGGCCUAGUACUACCGCAAGGCUCGGAAAAUCCGGAGGAGAACAUCCCCUUCCCCCGCCUCCAAAACCCUAACCCUUCGCACGCGAAGCCCUAAAGCCCCAUGACGGACCACAGAGGAGAGCUCCAACCCCUGGACCGAGAACCAGCGGAUACCCCUCAGCCUGCGAAGAGAAAGCCCGAUGUCGACUCCGUCGACGAAGUCGAAGAGGAUCGGCGGAAGAAGACAAAGCCGCAAUCCGAGAUCCCCUCUUCUUGCCCCAAAGAACCUCCCGACGACGUCAAAGCCGAAGAAGACGGCGACGGCGGCGAGGAAGAUGGAGAGGAGGUUGGGGUUUAUCGGAACGGGAAUGCGGCAGUCGACAGGGGGAAGGGAGUGGCGGCGGCAGUCGAUAAGGGGAAGGGGAAGAUGGUAGUGGAGGAAGACGAGGACGACGAUGAGGAUGAUAGCAGCGAUGACGAUGAUAGUGGCGAUGGUAUCGGAGGCGAGGUCGGUGAUAGCGAUUUCUCGGAUGAUCCGCUUGCCGAGGUCGAUCUAUCAAACAUUCUAGCCUCGAGGAUGCGGCGGAGAUCACCGCCUCCGCAAGGUGCGUAUCUCCUUUCCGAUCAGGACGACGACGACGAUGACGAGGACGAAGUCGAUGAUGAUCUUGAUGAUAGUGAGUAGCUGGGAUGACGAGAAAAUGAGGAUACCAUGAACAGGACCGAGAGAGAGCUAAUGUGUUUCAAGUUUGCAUAUUCUUGAUGCACUUCUUGUUUCACGAAAGGAGACCAUGACAUCCAGGAGUUAAAGUGAGUUACCAAAUUCUCCCCCCGGAAACUAACAGACUGCUAUAGUUUCCUUUACAAAAGAGGAGUGUAAUGAUUCAUCCUUUUAUGAUCUCUUUUUGCUUUGGCCAUGGAAA